GGUUUCAUUCGUAAAAUAUUUUUUGUGGCGGACGGUUCGUGUGUGAAUUACUUGCUACGAGACGAUCGCGCGCGCUGUUUUUUGAUAAUUUAUUUAUUUACGUAAAGAAAUAUAAUACAGAAAACGUCGCGAUUAAUUAAUAUGCCAUAACUUGAUGCGUUAAAACAAAUCGAAAAAAAUACAAAGAAAAACAAAUCGAAUUGACAUUCUGUGUUGUGUUUUUGUUGUGUGUGCCAGAAGAGCAUGAGUUAAAAAGUUAGAAGGCGGUUUUUAAUGGCUGCUCUUGAUUGAAAGAGAAUUACAAUAAUAAAAGCAAUAAUAAUGUCAAAUGCAGUUUUGCAGCCUCAGUGUUAAAGAGAGAUAGAGAGCUUAAAGAAAUAUAAAUAAAUAAAUGAAUUUCAAGCAAUUUGUAGAAUAUUUAAGCAAUAAAGGAAAGAAAUUAAUAAAGUGAAAAAACAAAAUGCCGCAACAACAUUGGUCGUAGACACAGCGCCACACUCAAGAGAAGACAAAUAAGAAUGUCUGGACAAAACAAAAUCAACAAAAGUCAGUCACCACAUUUCCAUUAAAUUGUGAGAGAAGCCAAAAUAACAAGAAAAGAGAGUGCGGCAAGAACGUGAAUUGUCGUCGUGAAUGUUCUUUUUCGUGUUUAAAAUUGUGUAAAGUGUUGAAGAAAGUAGUUAAUUGUUAUUGAAAUCUGUUGGGAUUUUGAAAAUAAAGCAAUUACUGAACCUGGGUGUUAUACGGGCCAUAAAAGCUGAGACGAAAAGAGAUUUGAACGUUCCAACCAACCAACCAAACGACAAAGCAACGAACGAACGAACGUUAUAAAGCAAUUUGGCAAAAUGUCUGUGAACAAUAAUUAAUUCAAGCAGAAAACCCUUAACAAAGCCAAACGCUGGGCAGGGGAGGAGAGGAGAAGAAGAAAAGUUUAUCUGUUGCAGGCCACACAUAGCUGGCAAAGACGAGAGAGACGGCGGAGGAGAGAAGAAGCAAAACUAGCAAGACGCCAGGAAAAAAUUGGCUUUAAUGCCGGCAACAAAUUUGUAAGACAUGGCUUACGAUUAUAAGUCAUUUAAUGACAACAGCAACAAAAGCAGCAGCAACAGUCUGAGCAACAAUAACAACAACAAUUCCAAACUUGGUCUGUGUCAGCCUGAAGUUGAGCAUGGUUUCGGCGAGGGUGAUGGAGAUCUAUUAUUGAAAUUUAACAAAAGUUAUAAUGGCCUGAGCAGCAGCAGCAACAGCGGCAGUUGUUGUUGUACUCCUUGUUGGUGUUGUUGUUGUCCCGGUUCCGGCAAAAGAAAUGUAAUAAAAUCUCAAAAUGUGACAACAAAUGAUGGCAGUUUAAAAAGUCAACGAAAAAUAGCAGCGAAGAAUAAAAAGGAAACGAGAACAGCGACGGCAAUAAUAAACAACAAUGCGGAGGGUUUGCCACAAAGCCAAACAAUAGUGCCAACAAAAGCUUUAGCUUUAACAACAACAAAAACAACAUCGUCAUUAUUAUUCACAUCAGCAGCAGCGGCGUCAUCAACGACGACGACGCCAACGUCAACGACUGGGAAGGUGACAACACCAUCCAUAUACUCAAGGACCCAGUCAUCAGCAUCAACGUCGUCAACGUCAUUGCCCUCAACACCACCCCCAAUAUUGGCAUCCUUCUUGUCAGCUUCCCAUACAAGAGCAAAUUUAAGCUGUACAUGUGUUGCAACUAAUGCCAGCAACAACAAUAACAAGAAUGACGAUGAUGGCAACAACAAAAACAAAACUAUCAUCGACACCUUCGACUGUAUAACGUCAUCACCAUUGUCGCCACCAUUGUCGUCAGCUAUUUCCAGUUCCCCAAGCUUUAGCCACAUUCUCUCCCAUAUAUGGAGCAGAAGAGGCCGCACCAGCAGUUGGAGCAGCAGCAGCUAUUGCAGCGAAAACAACAAAUUUCAGUUUACAUCGUCACGUUUCAUUAUCUUCGUUUUGUAUUUGGUGUUAACGAGCUGUGUUGGCGUUAGUCUGCAAUUAAAAAAUGUUCACAACAGUUUUACACCCUCCUCACCAUCAGCGACAUUUUUCAACACACCCGCCACCCUGCUGUUCACCACCUACCACGACAUACAAGUGGCGAACAUAACAAAACCCACCGGUGCACCACAGGUCGAUGUCCUGGUCAAGGAUCUGACCGAAACAAUGGCCAUAGAUUUCUUCUAUGCCAAGAAUUUGGUCUGCUGGACUGACUGUGGCCGCGAAACGAUUGAAUGUGUCAACACAAAUACCACGGGUCCCAUCCUCAAGGCACCCAAACAAACUGUGAUAUCAACGGGAUUGGAUAAACCCGAAGGCUUGGCCAUCGAUUGGUUUACGGAUAAAAUCUAUUGGACCGAUGGCGAAAAGAAUCGCAUCGAGGUGGCAACACUGAAUGGCAAAUAUCAAAAGGUUUUAUUUUGGACAGAUUUGGAUCAGCCAAGGGCCAUUGCAUUGGUGCCGAGCAAGAAAUUUCUCAUAUGGACGGAUUGGGGUGAAUAUCCCAAAAUUGAAAGGGCCAGCAUGGAUGGUGAUCCCACAUCGCGCAUGACCUUGGUCAAGGACAACAUUUUCUGGCCAAAUGGCUUAACUGUGGAUUUGAAAAAUGAUUUGAUCUAUUGGGCCGAUGGUCAUCUGAAGUUCAUUGAUGUCAUGAAACUGGAUGGCAGUAACCGGCGGACCGUGGUCAACAAUCUCAAGUACCCCUACAGCUUGACCUUCUUCGAUAAUAGGUUAUAUUGGACAGACUGGUCACAGGGAUCGCUGAAUGUCUACGAUUUGAUUUCAUGGGAGAUGAAGGAGUUGAUUGACACCCCUGAAGCCCCCAAUUCAGUGCGUACCUGGCAUCCCUCGCUGCAGCCCUAUGAAGACAACCCUUGUGCCCACAACAAUGGAAACUGUAGCCAUUUGUGCCUGCUGAGCACCAAUGCCCAGGGUUACAGCUGUGCCUGUCCGACGGGUGUAAAACUGAUUUCACCCAACACCUGUGCCAAUGGUUCCCAGGAAAUGUUGUUCAUUGUCCAGAGGGGUCAGAUAUCGAAAAUCUCCCUGGACUCACCGGAUUUCACCAUUUUCCCACUGCCACUGGGCAAGGUGAAGUAUGCCAUAGCCAUAGACUAUGAUCCGGUGGAUGAGUAUAUCUAUUGGUCCGAUGUGGAGGCAUAUACCAUAAAACGGGCCCACCCCGAUGGCACGGGUAUAUCGGAUUUUGUGACCUCUGAGGUAAGGCAUGCCGAUGGCUUGGCCGUGGACUGGCUGGCGAGAAAUCUCUACUGGACCGACACCGUAACCGAUCGCAUUGAGGUGUGUCGCCUGGAUGGCUCGGCCCGCAAGGUAUUGAUCUAUGAGUACCUUGAAGAGCCACGGGCCAUUGCUUUGGCUCCCACACUCGGCUGGAUGUUUUGGAGUGAUUGGAACGAGAAAAAACCCAAGGUGGAGAGGGCCUCUCUGGAUGGUUCGGAGAGGGUGGUUUUGGUUUCCGAUAACUUGGUCUGGCCCAAUGGCAUUGCUCUGGACAUUGAGGCCAAAACGAUUUAUUGGUGUGAUGGCAAGACGGAUAAAAUCGAGGUGGCCAAUAUGGAUGGUUCCGAUCGGCGUGUGGUAAUCAGCGAUAAUCUGAAACACUUAUUUGGCCUCAGUCUUCUCGAUGACUAUUUGUAUUGGACCGAUUGGCAGAGGCGUUCCAUUGACAGGGCCCACAAAAUUACCGGCAACAAUCGCAUUGUGGUGGUGGAUCAAUACCCAGAUCUUAUGGGUCUCAAGGUGACCCGACUGCGAGAGGUGAAGGGCACAAAUGCCUGUGCCGUGCGGAAUGGUGGCUGUUCCCAUCUCUGUCUGAAUCGUCCCAGUGACUAUGUCUGCCGCUGCUCCAUAGAAUAUGAACUGGCCAAUGACAAGAAGACCUGUGUCAUUCCGGAGGCCUAUUUGCUAUUCUCCAAGCAGGAAUACAUUGGACGCAUCUCCAUUGAAAAUAAUGAGGGCAAUCACAACGAUGAGAAGAUACCCUUCAAGGAUGUACGCUAUGCCCACUCGUUGGAUGUGGAUGUGGCCGAUAAGAGAAUAUAUUGGACGGAUCAAAAAUCGAAAUGUAUCUAUAGAGCCUUCCUCAACGGUUCCUAUGUCCAGAGAAUAGUGGAUGCGGGGAUCAUACGACCCGAGGGGAUUGCAGUGGAUUGGUUGGCCCACAACAUUUUCUGGACCGAUUCUGAGGCCCGGCGUAUUGAGGUGGCCCGCCUAGAUGGCAGCAGUCGAAGAGUACUACUUUGGAAGGGCGUAGAGGAACCCCGAUCCCUGGUAUUGGAACCCCGCAAAGGUUAUAUGUAUUGGACAGAGUCACCCUCAGAUUCCAUACGGCGGGCAGCAAUGGAUGGUUCGGAGUUGCAGACGAUUAUUUCAGGGGCCAAUCAUGCAACCGGCUUGACCUUAGACUCUGAAACCCGACGUCUCUACUGGGCCACCCAGUCGAGGCCGACAAAAAUUGAAUCCGCCGAUUGGGAUGGUAAAAAACGUCAAGUCCUUGUAAGCACCGAUAUUGAUGAACCCUAUGCUGUAUCCCUCUACCAGGACUAUGUUUACUGGAGUGAUUGGAACACCGGAGACAUUGAAAGGGUCCAUAAAAUCACGGGCCAAAAUCGUAGCCUUAUACAUAGUGGCAUGACCUACAUCUCAUCCUUGGUGGUGUUCUAUGGCCAACGACAAGCUGGGACAAAUCCCUGCAUGUACAACAAUGGUGGUUGCUCCCAUCUGUGUUUGCCACUGCCCGGACGACGUGGCAUGACAUGUGCCUGUCCCACUCACUACACCCUGGCCAAGGAUGAGGCCUCCUGUAUACCACCGAAAAAUUAUAUUAUUUUCAGUCAAAGGAAUAGUUUCGGAAGACUUAUGCCCAAUACCACGGAUUGCCCCAAUGUGCCACUGCCUGUGAUAGGGAAGAAUAUACGGGCCGUGGAAUAUGAUCCCAUAACACAUUUUGUUUAUUGGGUGGAAGGUCGUAGCCACAGUAUCAAGAGAGCCCUGGUGAAUGGCACUCGAGCCUCGGUCUUGGUGGGUUCAGGAUCUCAGCCAUUCGACAUAGCCAUUGAUGUUAUUGGCCGUUUGCUAUUCUGGACUUGUUCGCAUUCGAAUAGUAUUAAUGUUACCAGCUUUACUGGUGAUGCCAUCGGCGUCAUUGACACGGGAGACUCGGAAAAGCCACGUAAUAUUGCUGUACAUUCCAUGAAACGUUUGCUGUUCUGGACAGAUGUGGGCAGUAAACAGGCCAUUAUAAGAUCUCGUGUUGAUGGAGCUGAACGAGUGGUUUUGGCUUUCAAACUGGAAGGUGUCACAGCUUUGGCAGUGGACCAACAAACCGACAUGAUCUACUAUGCUCACGGCAAGCGCAUUGAUACCAUGGACAUAAAUGGAAAGAAUAAGAAAAUUUUGGUAUCCACCCACAUUAGUCAGGUGAUUUCCAUUGCUGCCCUGCAGGGCUUUGUCUAUUGGCUCGACGAUAAGACCGGAGUGGAGCGGAUAACCAUUAACGGAGAUGGCCGUAGAGCGGAAAUGCAACGUAUGCCCCAAAUCACGGAUAUUGUGGCUGUUUGGACUCCCGAAUCGAAAUUGUUUAGAAAUCACACCUGCCUGCAUGCCCGCACCAAAUGCUCACACAUUUGUAUAGCCUCAUCCGAGGGACGGGGACGAGAAAUGUGCUCAUGUCCCAAGAACUUAAUGCUAUUGGAAGAUGAUCAAAGUUGUGGUGCCUUGCCGGCAUGUGGCCCAGAUCACUUUACCUGUGCCGCACCUGUGUCAGGUGGCAGUGGAGCCAAUACAGAUAUGAACAAGGAUUGUAUACCGGCCUCGUGGCGUUGUGAUGGACAAAAUGAUUGUCCUGAUAAAUCAGAUGAAGUGGGAUGUCCCUCAUGUCGUCCAGAUCAGUUUAGCUGCCAGUCGGGAGAAUGCAUUGACAAGGCCUUGGUUUGUGAUGGCACAACCAAUUGUGCCAAUGGUCAUGAUGAGGCGGAUUGCUGCAAAAGACCCGGAGAGUUUCAGUGCCCCACCAACAAGAUUUGUAUUUCGGCCGCUUUGUUGUGCAAUGGCUGGGAAGAGUGUGCCGAUGGCGCCGAUGAAUCUGCCGACAUUUGUUCCCAGGCCAAUACCAGACGCAUGGCUCCCUCGUCGGAUAAGAAAGCCUUUAUGAUCCUCAUUGUGGCCACCAUGAUAACGAUAUUCUCCAUCGUUUAUCUUUUGCAAUUUUGUCGCACACGAAUUGGUAAGACACGCAAUGAGCCCAAGGAUGAUCAGGCAUCAGAUCCACUUUCACCCUCAACGUUAAGUAAGUCUCAGAGGGUUUCAAAAAUUGCCUCCGUGGCCGAUGCGGUACGCAUGUCCACCUUAAAUUCCCGCACCAGUAUGAAUUCUUAUGAUCGCAAUCAUAUUACCGGGGCCUCAAGCUCCACUACAAAUGGUAGCAGCAUGGUGGCUUAUCCCAUCAAUCCGCCGCCAUCACCGGCCACCCGUUCACGUAGGCCAUAUCGCCAUUAUAAAAUCAUAAAUCAACCACCACCACCCACACCCUGUUCCACAGAUAUCUGUGAUGAAUCGGACUCAAAUUACACCAGUAAAUCGAAUAGUAAUAACAGUAAUGGUAACACCAAACUGUCCUCAUCCUCGGCAAAUGCCAAUUCUUGUCAGUAUGGUUACGAUAGUGAACCAUACCCACCGCCACCCACACCACGUUCCCACUAUCACAGCGAUGUACGGAUAUUACCCGAAUCAUCGUGUCCACCCUCGCCCAGUUCACGUUCCUCGACGUAUUUCUCACCCCUGCCACCACCACCCUCACCGGUACAGUCUCCGAGUAGGGGUUUCACGUAACAUUUCGAAAUUUUUAUGUAAUUUCCUUCCUUUUUACUUUCGAGUUUUAUUUUUCCAAUUUUUUUGGUUAUAAACAAAACAAAUUAUUAAUAACUAACUAUGCUUCCGAAAUGUUCUUUUUUAUAUAAGAUAUAUAUUUUUUUGUAUAUAAUCCCCUUGGAAUAUUAAUAAUAUUAUAAAUUGUAAGGCAUCAAAAUACACUUUUUUACACACGAUAAUGACAAGUAUUAGUUAUGAACAUAAGUUGUAAAUAAGUUAAGCAAGAAUAAUUGUAUAAACAAGAGAAAAAAAAACGCAAAAAUGCAAUAGGAAAAAAAGAAGGAAACAGAGACUCUCUCUCACUCUUGAAAACAUAUCCCAUUGUAAGCAUUCGGACUAAGUCUCCCCUCCCUUUAAAACAAUAGCUAAUUAAAAUAUAUUCUUAAAAUAAUACUUAAAAUAUAUAAAAAAAAUGAUUUUAAAGUAAAUCAAAUUAUGUGAAGUGGAAAUUGGAAAGGACAAGGACUCUGUCGUUUCGUGUAGAACUAAAAGGAGCCCUUGAAUGCAAGAUUUUUGUGGUUUAUAAUUCAUUAAUAUCAUAAAAACCCGAAGGAAAAACGAUGUUCAAAUAGAUGACCAUUAGACCCAUUAAACUUCAUAUUAGCAUUUUGCUGUCAAUGGAAAAGAUAUUCUUCAGGAAAUUUUACUAUGGGUCCCUAAACAAAAGGUAUCUGUAUUUCUUAAAAAUAUUAGUUUAAAAUGCUAUGACAAUUUAUUAACAUAAAAACGAUAUCACGAUAAUAGGAAAAUUUUGCCUUUUCCGAUUUAGGGCCAAUUUCGGACCUUAAAAUUCGUUUUAGCGGGUGGGUCCCAAAGAAAAAAAUAUUAUCCAGGAAAUUUCACUAUGGGUUGCCAAAGAAAAGAAAUCGGUGGUUAUGAAAACUAUAGAUAAAAAUAUCCCAAAUCAUUUUGAAUGUUGCCAAUUAUAGUUAAAAAAUUAAAUUCAUUAGAAUCCCUAUAGCGUGUUCGAAUAGAUGCCCAUAGGACCCGUUAAACUUAAUUUUAGCAUUUUGCUGUCAAUGAAAUUGUUCAUUGGGGAAUUUUACUAUGGGUCCCUGAGCAAUUGGAAUCUGUAUUCCUAAUAAAUAUCGCUGAAAAUGCUAUAACAAUUGAGAAGUAUAAACAAGAUAUUAGUAUAAUGCGUUAUUUUUCAACUUUUUCGAAUUGGGGCCAGUUUUUGGCUUUAAAUUUCGUUUAAGCAGUUGAGUCCCAAAGAGAAAAAUACUCUUCAGGGAAUUUCACUAUGGGAUGCUAAAUAAAAGAAAUCGGUGUUAACAAAAAAUAUAGGUAAAAAAACUCCAAUUCAAUUUGACUGUUGGUAUAAACAUUAAAUAUAGGAGUAUCUCUAUUGUUUGUUCUAUUAAACGCCAAUUUGACCCAUUACACUUCACAUUAGCAAUUUUCUUCCAAUGAAAAAAAUAUUCUCCAGGGAAUUUUACUAUGGGUCCCUGAACAGAAGCAACCUGUAUUUCUCAUUAACAUCGCUUGAAAAUGCUAUAACAAUUGAGAAAUAUAAACAAGAUAAAGCGUUAUUUUCCACUUUUUCGAAUUGGGGCCAAUUUUGGACUUUAAAUUUCAUUUGAGCGGGUGGGCCCCAAAGGAAAAAUUAUUCCCCAAGAAAUUUCACUAUGGGUUCCCAAACAAAAGAAAUCGAUGCUAACAAAAAAUAUAGGUAAAAAAAAUCCCUAUUCAAUUUGAAUGUAUAAACAAUGAACAAUUGCAUAAAAACUACCAUACUCUUUCAAACAAGCUUCGGUUUCUCCCGUAAUACCUCAAAUUAUAGAAUUGGUUGGAAUGAAACAAAGGUUCUCCAUCAAAUUUCACUCAUGGACAUGGUAGGAAUCACAAUAAAUAGCCGGUUGAAAAUUCUAGAUCAAUUGAGAAGUAUAAACAAGAUACCAGUGUAAUGGAUUUUUUCCUAUUUUUUCGAUUUAGGGCCUAUUUUAGGCUUUAAAUUUCAUUUGGGCGGUUGGGGUCCAAAGGGAAAAUUAUUCUUCAGCGAAUUUCACUAUGGGUUCCCAAAUAAAAGAAAUCGAUGUUAAGAAAAAAUCUAGGUUAAAAAAUUCCAAUCCAAUUUGAAUGUAUGAACAAUGAAUAAUUUCAUGAAUAAUGCCAUUCUCUUUCGAACAAGCCUAGGUUUCUCCCUUAAUACCUCAAUUUAGAGGGUUGGUUGGAAUGGAAAAAAUGUUCUCCAUCAAAUUUUACUCUUGGACACGGAAAUAAAGAAAUCGCUAUACAUUUUUAUAGCUACUUUAUGGUCCUAAAUCUUGAAGUCUUUAAAUAAAUUUUAAGUCCCAUUUACAACCACCCGAGUCUUGUGUUUCUAAAAGAAUUUUUGAUUCUCAAUUAAGACCAAAAUUAAUUUUAAGACUUCUUUAGGACUCUGAAUAACCACAAACUUAUUUCGUUGGAACAAUUUCAUGGGUUUUCUCAAGGCUGCUUUUAAGGCCGAAAUAUCUUUUUCAAUGGCUUCCUCUUUUUCACUUUCACAAACAUUUAGAUUUAUGUUUAAAAUAUUGAAAAACUCAUAAUCAAAUAUCACAUUAAAAAAACAAAUUAUAUUAAAAAACAUUUAAAAAAAAGUUCAAAUUUAAAUAUUGUGCCAAAUUUAAAUAAAAACACAAAAAAAUAAUGAAAUUAAUAUUCUAAAAAUAAAAGAAACAAAAUAUUUAUACAUUCGAUAAACUGACAAAAUUCUUUUGCUUAAUUCGAAGACAUAAUACGUUUCUUCUUUUUCACUUUUGUGUAUAUAUAUAAUUUUUAGAUUUACCAUAAAAAAAAAAACAUUUGCCAUUUUCCGCCCCACCUAUGUUCAGCUAGUUUUUUUAAUAUUGUCUUCUUAAAGAAAUGUUUACUCUCCUGUGUGUCAUUCGUUUUUUAAUUUUUAUUAUUUUUAUUAAUAUUUCAUAUUAAUAUGUAUUAAUUAGUUUAAUUAUAGCCUGUAAUUAUAACCUGCAACACUAUUUUCUUAUAUUUUUUUAGUUGUUAAAGAACAAAAGCAACAACGUAAAGUAAACAUAUAAACGCCAAAAAGUGCCUCAAUUAAUUAAUGUGUUAAUAAUUAUUAUUAUCAUUAUGAUUACCAAGCAUUAUAUUUUUUGUAUAUUUGUUUUAAUUUUUUUCCUAACCUGACCUCACCAUCCACCACACACCUACUUAGACCCCCAAAUAAAUUAGUUUAUUUUAAAUAAAAUAAAUACUUCUAAUUUUAAUUAAAUACAAAUAGAAAAACCGUGUAAUAACAAUCAACCAUAUACAAAAACAACAAAAACAACAAAACGAAAUAAAACAAGUUACAACAAUAAAAAAACAACAAACAAAAAACUAAACAAUAUUUGUAUGUUAUACAUUUUAAGUGUUUUUCCUGAUUAGUUAAUGUUAGUGCAAAUAUAAUUUUUACAUACUGAAAUGAAUGAAUGAAAAUAAUUAAUAAUAAUAAUAACAACAACAAAAAACAGAACAACAAAAGAAUUAAAAUAAAAUUGUAUUUAAAAAAAA